AAGGCGAACAGCCGAGACUUUGAAUGCUCGAAGCUUUUUGUAUUACUUGUGAAUUUUAUAUUAUUCUAUAAUCUCAUCGUUUCAAAUUACAAUUCUGAGAGGAUUGUAUAUAGCAAGACCUGACUGUCACUUUAAAGCAGCAUCUGGUAGCCUUAACUAACAGUUAGUUGCGUGGUUACGUUAGCUGAUUUUUUUUUUUACUGCGGAAUAGCAAAAUAUACGCCGGCUGACUUGAUUCGUUUUCAUAGAGUGUCGAUGCGGAUCUGUUGUAUUCCGUCAUUUCCAUAUUCUUCCAUAACUGUCCCUGAAAUCGCUGUCCAUAGAGAGCCAGUUAGCUACAACAGCAUGACGGCAGUGCAGCUUAUCAACAUCCAGAGGUUAUUGGAAGCUGCAGAAUAUCUCGAAAGGAGAGAGAGAGAAUGUGAACACGGGUAUGCUUCAGCGUUUCCCCCGGUGCAGAACAUAAAUCACCACAGGCAAAGGAAAUUUAAGAAUAAGAAAUGCCACAGCAACCACAACAGGUCCACGCACAAUGAGCUGGAGAAGAACAGGAGAGCUCAUUUGCGGCUUUGUCUGGAGAGACUGAAAGCACUUAUACCCCUGGGACCGGACUGCAAUCGCCAUACGACACUAGGGCUUCUCAAUAAAGCCAAAGCACACAUCAAGAAACUUGAAGAGAUGGACCGGAAGAGCCGGUACCAGCUGGAGAACCUGGAGAGGGAGCAGCGGCACUUACAGAGACAGCUGGACCAGCUGCAGGGCGCCGCGGACGGGGAGCGGGUACGAACGGACAGCGUGGGCUCCGCCCUGUCGUCCGACCGCUCCGACUCGGACCGAGAGGAUAUGGAGGUGGACGUGGAGAGCGCCAGCUCCGGCAGCUGCAGCAGCGACCUGGACGACCACAGCAGCAUGCAGAGUACUGCCAGCGAUGAGGGCUACUCCACCUGCAGCAUCAAACUGGCUUUCUCCUCCUAGAGGCUCAUGGGAAGGGGCCACGUCAACAGCCAAUCAGAAACCCCAACCCCCCUCCCCCUACCGGAGACCAGCCCUCCUGGGAGAGCCAUCUUAGAAUGACACACCAGGUUUUAGUUCAUCUGGAACAAACACCUUUA